AGCAACAACAGUUCGUAAGACGGCACGUCAUUUUCACAAAGCAGCGUGGUCGCUGCAGGUUAUUAACACGAUUUGACUGUUUGUUGCAAAUUAUAGAGAAUAUCCGUAGUGUAAGAAAUAUUCCUGCAGUCACUUCGGAUACUCGGAUUACACGGACUCCACUUCCUCAACCUGGAGAGCGAGAAGCGCGGCAUGGAAAAAGUGGAAAAUAAACUGCGCAUUGACACUGACUCAAGUACAGCAGAGAAGAAGGACAAGUGUAAAGUCAAGUGGACACUGGAGGAGGAUGAAAAUCUGAAAAUCCUGGUCAACAGCUUGGGAAAAAAAGAUUGGAACGCCAUCGCCAUCUUCUUACCUGGACGGUCAGGCUACCAGUGUUUGCACCGCUGGAAGAAGUACUUGGAUCCUAACCUGGUCAAGGGCGCCUGGACCAAAGAGGAAGAUGAAAAGGUCAUUGAGCUUGUGAGUAAAUAUGGCACCAAACAGUGGUCUCUGGUUGCCAAGCACCUAAAGGGGCGACUGGGGAAACAGUGCCGUGAGCGCUGGCACAACCACCUGGACCCAGAGGUGAAAAAGACCUCUUGGACCAUAAAAGAAGACCUGAUCAUAUACAAGGCUCACUCCAUUCUGGGAAACCGGUGGGCUGAGAUUGCAAAGCUGCUUCCUGGAAGAACGGACAACUCCAUAAAGAACCACUGGAACUCCACCAUAAAACGUAGAGCUGACAUGGGUGAAUUUGAAGAGGGGGCCAAGAACAUUUACAUUGACACUCAAUGGCUUGAGCAAGGAGAGGUCUUCAGCUAUGAUGUUGUUAUAGACUCUGACCCGGUAUCUCUACUGGAGAUCAAGCAGAAGGAAGCGAAGACGCAGGAUUUGACGCGAACCAAGCAGAAGACGGUCAUCAGUCCUCCACAGACAUUGACAUCCAGGAGAGAGUUUUCCUCCUGCAGUCCCUCCUCCCUCCCUAGCGCUGGCUCCAGCAGCAGCUCCACCUCCAGUGUCACACCGGUUGCCCAGGCAGUCUUGCAGAAGAAGCUCACCAAUGCAGCACUGAUGAUGAUCGCUGAGGACAUGUUGCCUCUCAGUUUUGUAGAGGGCUCGGGCUUCAGGUCUUUCAUGAGCACCAUUGGCCCCCAGUACCACAAAAUAUCCCAGCGCACUGUGGGGUUGCAGCUCUACGAGGAUGUGGAGAAGGACAUAAAGCCCCAGCUCAUCCGUGACCUCAAGGCCUGCCGUGCUACCACCAAUGUUGGGCACAACGUCAUUCAUAUCACCGUCGACCUCUGGGCAGGAAGUGGCUCUCCGGUGGAGGAGGCCAUCCUUGCCGUGCAGCUCCACUUCCUUGAUGACAACUGGCAGAUCCGCCGUCCCACUGUGGCCUUCCGCCACCUCAGCGCCAAGAGCCUAAGCGCAGCUGUUGCCAGUGAGCUGGAAGGUGUGCUGCUCAGCUAUGGCCUUUUCCCCGAAAACAUUGGCUACAUCCUUACCAACCAGGCCAAGGAAGCCUUGGAAGCUAACAGCUUGUUUUGCAACUACAAGUUCUUGAGCUCAUCACACAGGGGAGAACCUGAUGGGGAUGAGAUUGUUGGCUUCCUAGCUGACCGGCUCCCUGAAACUGAGGAGCCAUCCCCAUUCUCUGAGUUGCAGAUGGGGAUCAAGGUGAGCUGUGUGGCCCACAAGCUGCAUCUGGUGAUCAGGGAGGCACUGAAGAAUUCCAGGGUGGUGGAAAACGUGCUGUUCCAGGUCCACAAUGUGGUGGCUUUUUUCAGGAGUAGCACCUACUGGAGCGAGGUACUACUGAAGGAAUGUGGUUUGUCUCUGUGCUCUCCUGCCCAAAAUUGCCGUUGGAACUCCUUGAUGGUGUCUGUGCGGCGUUUGGUUCAAGAGUCAGCCUGGAGUGCAAUCAUGACCCUCCUGGCCCAGGCUCGCACAGAGGCCAGAGAUGCAACCAGUGCACCGCCCCUUGUAAGGGCAAAAAGGGAGCAGGUCAUGGACAUCCUUGGUCUCCUUGAGCCUUUUGAGGAAGCCAUCCAGGUCCUACAAGGAAAUGGGAUAACCAUCUCCUUCAUCAUCCCAUCCCUCAUUGGCCUGGAAAAGACUUUGGAGCACCGUGCCACCAGCUACAUCCAUUUCUCCAAGGCUCUGCGCUCUGGCCUCUGCACCCAUUUUCAGUCUCUGAUUAUGGAGAGUGAUCUGAUACUGGCAGCUGUGCUUGACCCCAGGAUCAAACUUCAGCCAUUUGCUGACACCAAACAAGAAGAAAAUGAGUCACUCCUUGUGGCUCCAUCAAAGAGUCAGGCCCGUUCCGUGUUGGAGGCCACACUAGGGGUUGGAAAAACCUCUGUCCUUCCCUCUGUAGAGACAGAAGAAAAGCAGGUCGACACUGAGUCAACAAAGGAGCAGGACAAAGAGGAUGUGAGCCAAACAGACACUGCGAUUGAGGCCACCAGUGCCUGCUUAGAUCCCAAAGAUGACAAUAGAAAUGGUAAUAACAUCAAACGCAAAUCCAUCUCCAGCUUUCUUCAGCCGCCCUCGAAGACUAUGAAGAUCUCAGAAUUGGAGUUGUAUCUGUCAGAGCCGCUGUUGGAAAGCAACUCCACUUUGUUGUUUUGGAGAUGUGCUAAUAGGUUCCCCCUUCUCCAAAACAUUGCCAGGAGGCUGUUGGUGGUACCAGCAUCCUCAGGGGGCUUUGACCGGCUCUAUCCAAUGGCCACAUGUAUUGUUAGGUCGAAGAGGAGCCAUUUGCCCCCUCACACCACAGAGAGACUGCUUCUCUACAGGGAUUCCAAAAGGCGGAAAGAGGGAAAGAAGCCCAGCAAGGCCACUAAACGCUGA